AUGGCUUCGAGACUGACCACCAAUCGUAAUGCUGGUGGAACGAAGAAAAAAGUGGCCCUUCAAAAGAGAAAGAGAAUUCUGUUGGAGGUCUUCAAAAAGAAUUCUUUUCCCUCGAAGGCAAUAAUCGGAAAAGUGUCCGAGAGAACAGGACAAACGACCAUCCAGGUUCGAAAAUGGUUCGUUGCACAAAGAGCCAAAGUCUACAGAACCACUGCGGACUCAUCGCAGCUUCCACAACAAAUGAGAAUUCUUGAUGAGAUCUACAAACAGAAGCAAUACAUUGACCUGACCGAAAUGACGGAGAUAAUGGAAAGAACCGGUGCCUCAAGACAGUCGAUUCUCCAAAACAUUCGGGGUCGUCGCAUGGUGGAUCGAAAAGAAGGGAAACAAGUCGUCGAUGAGAGCCGCGUUCCAAAGUUCCCGUCAUGGGAGAAGAAAAUGAGGAAAGUGACAGAUGAGCAAAAAGAAAUUCUGGAAAAGUUUUUCGAAACUAACCAGUUCCCGUCGAAAGAUGAGAUCUCUGGAAUUUUUGUGAAUGGAGAGCUUUCCGAUAAGGAGGUGAAAAACUGGUUCAGCGGCGAAAGACAACGCGCUCGUAAGUUGAAUAAGAGCAGACUGGCGACAUUGCCUUCUCAAAUGCAACUUCUAAACGACGCGUACAAAACGAAUAACUCCCCGGACAUUGCAGAACUAAGCGAGAAGACUGGAGUCUGUCUACAGUCGCUCACAGCUCAUUUUGCCCGCCGUCGUCGUGCAGAUAAGAGGAGAGUCCGCUUUGAUUUGAAAAGCAUUCAAAUCAAAGUUGUAUCAAGAUACAUAAAAAAUUAG